CUCCGCCACUUGGCAGCACAACAGAUUGCUUGUCAGCUUACGUAUGGGUGUAUUUUCGGCCACCUGCUACAUGUCGACAAUUUCGUGCCUCUGUUCAGUUUUACUUUAGACAAUAUUUAAAAUAACAAGGAGUUUAUAAUGUUGCAGACACUUCGAGAGCGCUCUAAAAAGCGAAAGAAAUUAUUGGCUCAAACGCUUGGGGUUUCGAGCGUGGAUGAGCUUAGACAAGUUUUGGGUACAGACAUCAAUGAUGCACAAAGAAAACGUGAAAAAAUGUCAUCUGUCAAGUCGGAUGACGACCUUAGAGAACAGAAGGAUGACACAGUGUCAACCAACGAAAUAGUCUAUAAAGAUUCUUCUACGUUUCUUAAAGGAACACAAUCCUCAAAUCCCCACAAUGACUACUGCCAACACUUUAUCGACACUGGACAACGCCCUCAGAAUUUUAUACGAGAUGUAGGAUUGGCGGAUCGAUUUGAAGAAUAUCCAAAGUUGCGAGAGCUUAUUAAACUUAAGGAUGACCUAAUUUCAGACACUGCAACUCCCCCCAUGUACCUGAAAACCGAUCUCCUUGCUUACAAUCUGAAAGAACUAAAUUGUAAAUUUGACGUUAUUCUCAUUGAGCCACCUCUUGAAGAAUAUCAAAGGACAUGUGGAGCCACAAAUGUACAACUUUGGAAUUGGGAUCAGAUCAUGGAGCUCGACAUAGGCGAAGUAGCGGCAAGUCGUAGUUUUGUAUUCCUCUGGUGUGGUAGUAGCGAUGGAUUAGACAUGGGUAGAUUUUGUUUAAGAAAGUGGGGCUUCAGAAGAUGUGAAGACAUUUGUUGGAUACGUACGAAUAUAAAUAAUCCUGGACACAGUAAAAAUUUAGAUACUAAGGCAGUUUUGCAGAGAACAAAAGAGCAUUGCCUAAUGGGAAUUAAAGGGACUGUACGAAGAUCUACAGAUGGUGAUUUUAUUCAUGCAAACGUAGAUAUUGAUCUGAUUAUAUCUGAGGAACCUGAGUACGGAUCUAUCGAGAAACCUGUUGAAAUUUUCCACAUUAUUGAACAUUUCUGCCUAGGCAGAAGACGAUUGCAUUUAUUUGGGCGUGACAGUACGAUCAGGCCAGGCUGGCUUACAGUGGGACCAGAAUUGACUAAUACGAAUUUUAACACUGAUCUGUACACUAGCUAUUUUGCAACUAACCAGAUCACAACUGGAUGUACCGAAAGAAUAGAAGCACUCAGACCCAAAUCUCCACCACCGAAAGGAAAAGUCUCUGGCAGAGGGAGGGGUGGUUUUAAUCGAGGUCGGGGGAGAGGCAGAUAAUCUGUAAUUCGUAAUAGAUUACAAGUUUUUAACGAUUAUCGACUUGAACGCACAAAAAUAUUGCAUGCCGAAUACAAAAGAACAAUUUUUUAUCAAUCAUCCUAUUUAUGACAACAUGCUACAUCAACUGAUAGUGAUGCUGUUCAAUAGUAUUCUUUUUUGUUAGUUGUUUACAAAUGCAUACUGUACGUUUCUGAAUCAAUAAAGUGAAUUUGAACCUCUCA